AUGGUUCAAAAUUAUGAUACAAGAGUUACAAAGAAACAAAAAGUUGAAAGUAAAAGUACCGAGAUCGUAUUCAUUCAGCCAAUAAACGAAGCAGAGGUUGUUGUCUGCGAAAUUGAAAGAAUUUUUGAAAGCAGAAAAUCUGAUAAGUUCCUCCGAAGAUCCGCGCACAAGAAUGCAAGAAUUUGCCACUUUCUCUUCACUGUUGGAGGUUCAAAUCACUUAUUACUUUUUCAUUUUUUUCUGUACAUGAGCACGCAAUUGGGAUUAUACGUUAACGUCAUGAAUACGAACGAAGACAAUAAAGAUCCUUCGUCUCCAAUCUGUUCAGCCUUCCUGAUCAUAGUGACAUUCACCUACAGGAGUGAUACUAUCCGCUCACAGUUCCACCGAUACGAGACGCUGAAUCGGUGUUGGUCUAUUUCUUCUCGAUUCCUCAUCGCCACUUCAAAAGUCUCCCUUCUUCUAAAAUUACAGACACCCCCAAAAAAUACACCGAAUUUCUGUAAAAAUGAUCCGCACGCACAUACAACCUUCCUUCUUCCAGGUCCUCCUUCUUUCUUACAGGCCUCACAAGAACACUGGCGCAAUCUUUUGGAAUCUGAUAUUUCCUGCAAACCAUUGGCAAUCUGGUGUCACUUAGCAUACAGAAAAAUCCCUAGCAGACAGCGACAAUUUAGUUAUAAAAUAAAGGAUGUGAAUGAUGGAAAUUAUGUUCCGUGCGGCGACUUUGAAGACGAUGGACAUUUGUUCUGGAAAUGCGCUCUCAAAAAGCCAAUCUAG